AUGCAGCCCUUCAGCAUCCCCGUCCAAAUCACACUCCAGGGCAGCCAGAGACGCCAGGGGAGGACAGCACUUCCUGCCUCAGGGAGAAGGAGCUCCGGAGCCCCCAGUGGUGGAGACCCGCUGCCCUGGCACCCAAAGCUGCCAUCGAGCGCAGGGGAGGACCGUGCCAUGCUGCUGGGCGUCACCAUGAUGGGCUCUUCUGUGAUGAUGUUUCUUCUUCUGGGGACCACCAUCCUGAAGCCUUCUGAACUCAGCCCUCAGAGAGAAGAAUCAAACUGCACCACAGUCCGCACGCACAUUGUUGACUGGUCGGACUCUGCCUUCACUUGUGAAGUUGACUGCCGUGGCCAGGGCAGGUACCCGUGUUUGCAGGUGUUGGUGAACCUCACCCAUUCAGGCCACAAAGCCCUCCUUCACUAUGACGAAGAAGCUGCCGAGGCCAACCCCAAGCGUGAUGUUACAGACUGCGCAGUUAAGGACAAGCAGACACUGACAGUUUGUGAUGAGCACAGGCAGCAGCAAGUGCGGCCACAGGCCAGACCUCUAGCUAGAACAGCACAGUGGGGAAGAGGUCUUGAAUUCAGUGGAGCUGUCUGCUCUAAGCAUAAUACACGCAACCUUGCUGCAGUAAGUCCAAACUGUUCUUCCCCUUACAGUGCACCAGACCAUGGAACUGAAAUUCAGUGAGUUCACUGAAUGAACAAAAUAUAGAGCAGUAAACUGGCUACAACUGGCCGGAAAGGGAGGGCAAGCUCAGCAGAGCUGUGGGUGUGGCUGUCUUUGAGGCUACUUUAUGUUGUAAAGCCAUGUGUUAGUCUGGGUUGUAUCUAACCAGGUCAAGUCCAAAGUCUGAAUGACAGAGAAAUGACUGCUGGAAUCUGAAACCUGGGUUCUUGGAGCCUGGGGUGGGGUGCACACCUACAGUAGCGCAGCUAUGGAGCUGAGGCUGGAGAGUCCUGAUUUUAAGGAUAGCCUGGGCUACCAAGGGAGCAGCCUCCUGUGCCAAAAACAAACCCUUUGGGUUCAUAAUCAAAACAUUUGUAGAAAUUAGAUAAAAGUCAAGAUUUCUAGCCACUUUUAGGAGCAUACAUUAAUUUUAAUAAGGGACCUUUAAAUUCAAGAUUUUACUUUAUGUGUAUGAGCGUAUUGCCUGCAUGUACGUUAAGUACACUUGUGUCAUGCAG